AUGGGUGUCUGCAACUCAACAUGCUGUUCAGGUCGGUCUCGCGAUGGCCUCUACGAGCCUGUUCUAGCCGAAGUCGAGAGAGAAGCCGUAGCCGAUCUUCUACAAUACCUCGAGAAUGUCCAUUUCUUCUCUGGGGAACCGCUCCGAGCUUUAAGCACCCUCGUAUAUUCCGACAACAUUGAUCUUCAGCGCAGUGCGAGCCUUACAUUUGCCGAGAUCACUGAACGAGAUGUGACGGAAGUUGACCGAGAUACGCUCGCGCCCAUAUUGUUCCUUCUCGAUAGCCCCGACAUCGAAGUUCAGCGAGCUGCGAGUGCGGCGCUCGGCAAUCUCGCGGUCAAUCCGGAAAACAAGGUCUUGAUAGUACAGCUCGGCGGCCUGACGCCUCUGAUCCGUCAGAUGCUGUCCCCCAACGUGGAAGUCCAGUGUAAUGCGGUGGGAUGCAUCACGAACCUCGCUACUCAUGAAGCCAACAAAGCGAAGAUUGCUCGAUCUGGUGCCCUCGGACCCCUUACUCGACUUGCGAAGUCUCGGGAUAUGAGGGUGCAGAGAAACGCCACUGGAGCACUGUUGAAUAUGACACAUUCUGGCGAGAACCGGCAGCAACUUGUUAGCGCCGGAGCGAUUCCGGUACUCGUGCAGCUUCUAACGUCGUCUGAUGUUGAUGUGCAAUAUUAUUGCACUACAGCGUUGAGCAACAUUGCGGUGGACGCGAGCAAUCGGCAAAGACUUGCUGCAAGCGAACCGAAGCUAGUCCAGUCUCUCGUCAACUUGAUGGACUCAAACUCCCCGAAAGUACAAUGCCAGGCAGCACUCGCCCUCCGAAAUCUCGCAUCCGACGAGAAAUAUCAGCUAGACAUCGUCCGCGCCAACGGGCUGUUUCCAUUAUUGAGGCUUCUCCAAUCCUCGUACCUGCCGUUGAUCCUUUCCGCCGUCGCUUGCAUCCGCAAUAUCUCUAUUCAUCCGUUGAAUGAAUCGCCUAUCAUCGAAGCUGGUUUCCUUCGACCGUUGGUGGAUCUGCUUGGCUCGACGGAUAACGAGGAAAUUCAGUGCCAUGCGAUAUCAACUCUACGGAAUCUUGCAGCAAGUUCGGACCGCAACAAGCGACUGGUACUCGAAGCCGGUGCGGUACAAAAGUGCAAGCAGCUUGUUCUAGAGGUUCCCUUGAGCGUACAGUCCGAGAUGACAGCAGCCAUUGCAGUCCUGGCUCUUAGCGACGAACUUAAGGUCCACCUGCUCAAUCUCGGCGUUUUUGACGUCCUAAUCCCCCUCACGCACUCGCCCAGUAUCGAAGUCCAGGGCAAUAGUGCCGCGGCUCUUGGAAACCUAUCAUCUAAAGUGGGCGAUUACUCUAUCUUCAUUCGACACUGGAAAGAACCCAACGGAGGCAUCCACGGCUAUCUAAGCCGAUUCCUUCAAAGCGGUGACGCUACAUUCCAGCAUAUUGCCAUUUGGACCCUCUUACAGCUCCUCGAGUCCGAAGAUAAGGGCCUCAUCGGUCUUGUGGGAAGAUCUGAGGAUAUUGUAGACCUUAUCAUGGCCAUUGCUGAGCGCACCCCUGAGAACGACGCAGACUUUGAUGAGGAUCAGGGUGAAGUUGUGACACUUGCGCAGAGGUGCCUGGAGCUACUGGGCCAAGGAAUGCCCAAAGCCCACAUUGAGGGUUAA